AAAAAGGUACUAAAUCUCUCUUAAACCCUUAUGUUUGUUUUGUGUUUUUUAUGUUUAUGAUGGCUGAUCUGAAACGGGGUGUGUUCUGUUUUGGUGGGUUUUUAUUUGUUUUGCAGGACUUGUUCUGGAGUAGUGUGUUUUGGGGGUUUUCACAUAAAGCGAUUUUUCUACCUCUUUUUGUUCUUGAGAGGGCCUCUUACUUGAUAAAACUCUGCUUCUGAGAGAGAAUUCCAUUGUUUUAUCUUUAUCAUUCUUUUCUCUGGCCUUUUUAUUUUCAUUUUCCUUUCUUCCAAACACAAUUUUCCGGGUAUUUUUUAGGGGUUCUGGGUAAAGAUAAAGAGAAAAAUGCCAGGGCCUCGGAAACAGUCACCAUUGGUUCUUCAAGAAAACCUCUGCAAAAAGUCCAAAAGCAGUGCAAACUCUAUUCAAUCCAAUAAAACCAUCAGAAAAGUUCGGAUAAUCUGUCAUGAUCCGGACGCUACCGAUUCUUCAGACGAUGAGCGAAUCAAAGAACCGCCGUGUCCGAAACGAAUUGUUCGAGAGGUUAAUCUUCCAACUGGUUUUUCUCAUGGACCAAUCAAACCAACCAAAGGUCCAGAAAUGGAGAGUUCGUGUCAAGAUAGCAACAAUGGCGAGAAAAACCCAGAAAAGAAGGUGGUUUUGGAGAAAAACCUAUUUUCGAAACGUGCUUCUUCCUCGAAAUACAGGGGGGUUAGGCAGAGGAAAUGGGGGAAAUGGGCUGCGGAGAUUCGCGACCCUAUUCAGAAAAAAAGGGUUUGGUUGGGGACAUAUGAUACUCCUGAAGAGGCCGCAAAGGCUUAUGAAGUGAAGAGGCGUGAAUUUGAGGCCAUGGCUAUUGCUUCUGAGAAGAGUUUCACUCACUCUUCCACUGCAGUGGUCUCUGAGUUUUGUAAUCAGAAAGAACCUGCUGUUUCUGAGGGCUCUGGAAGUGUGGUUUCUCACACAUCACCGAGUUCAGUUCUUGAUUUGGAGUCUCUGACUUCUGCUUCAAAUUCACGAAUCAAUGGCAUAUGUGAUGAUUUUGUUAAAGAUGUUUGUAUGGAGACCAACCUCGAUGACCUUUUUAUGGAGACUAAUAUUGAAGAUGUGUGUAUGGGGACCAAAGUUCCUGAGGAGAAAGUGGCUGAUGUGGGUUUGGUGGAUGAUGCUUCAAUGUUAGCUCAAGUUGGGGAAGGUUUGGAUUUGGGUUUGGAGCUUGGUUCUCUGUUUAUUGAUGAUUUUGGGCAGGCUCUUGAUGAUUUUUGCGGAUUUGAUGACCUACAAAUUUGUGGGUUUGAUGAUGAUAAGCCUAGUGAUCUGCCUGAUUUUGAUUUUGAUUUUGAUUUCGAUUUCGAGGUUGGGAAUGAAGUGUUGGCAUGGAUGGAUGAACCACCCCUGAUGAAAGAACCCCUCAAUAUUGCAUGCCCUUAAGUUUUGCAGUCUAGUAGAAUGAGUAUUAGUAAUGCCUUAAAUUAUUUUGCUUUGGAGAAGUAUCUCAAGAACAUUGAAGUACUUGAGAGUUUUGUUUUCUUUCUUAAAUGAGCCUAUUUGUUUGUUUAUUGAGAGAGAUUCAUAAGAGGAAUGAGCUCAGUUCAGUUGUAUGAAGAGGGUCCUUUGGGUUUUACUGUGCUAUUAGAGCCGUUCAAAGGAUUUCCAAAACUCAUUUGAGAGAGGAGGACAUCACUGGUGCAAAGUUUUGAGAGUUUGCUCAUUCCUCUGCUCUCUUUUUUGCUCUGGUAUUAAAUUGUCAGUGUUACUUUCUUUUAUAUAUGUACGAGGCAUGAACUCUUAUGAUGUAUUUACCUCAGUAAUUUGAUAGCCCUUUGAACUUUCUUUACUACCAUGUUUGAAAAUCUGUUGAUACCAAUAUAUGAUAGCACUAUGAGUUUUAUUUGAUUAGGUAUCUUUCUUUUCAAUAUAAAUACGUGUUGAAUAUUAGUUAAUCGAGUCUCUUGUAGCACCUUAUGGG